AGAAGAGGUUAAUGGGUACGAGGGCUCAGGUGGUUGGGAAAAUUCAUAUACUAAAUUCGUUCAGAAGCGAAAUCGAUCUCCCUCCAACGAAGCAUAUCGUAAUACCGGGGCUCUCAGAAAACUUGAAGCCUUGCAAAAACGACCAAUGGUGCCUGAGAGCUGUGUUGCUAGAUUGGUCCGAGACUUGCUUGGAAGGGCCAAACACUUGAUGGACAGUUCGGUUAGUUUUCCAUCUUACCCUGCAUCUAGAAAGCUUUUGGCAGCUUUUCUUGCAUGGCUUGAAGCCUCGGGAAGAGUGUCGGAAAUGGCAAUAUGCUUGGCAGCAUGGAAGAAAGCAAAAGAGUUAUGGCAAGAGUAG